AUGGUGCACGAGGUUAUAACACUUGGAGGAGGAGAAGUAGUAUCUCGUAGCCAAGUUACCUCCCCGCCUUAUCACCCUAAAACUAUGGAACGAAGCAUCAAUGGUUUCAUGUAUUAUGCUGUUUGGGCUCAAGUCAUGGAACAACUCAUAUAUGAGAGGAUACUAAUUUUCAUCACAACUCCUAAGGAGGUCCUGGUUUUGGAGGCUUUUACCCUUAUUCAUGCACAGCAAACUUGUUUUGUUAUCUUAGUGACUGUAAGAGCUUCGGAAGAUUCACUACCUGAUGAUACGGCACCAGACAUUACAUGUUUAUUGAAUGGACCUAUUUCUAGUGGAACCAAAUCGACGGAUACUGCAUGCAAGAGAAGAUGA